ACUGUUCCUUUUAGAAUUAGCUUUGCUUUAUACAUACUGUAGAUAUCAUGUCUGAUGUUAAAGGCAAAUCUGGUGGUGGAUACCAAAAAGGCAGCUCUGGUGAUGACUGUGGUGGUGGAUAUCAGCAAGGAGGAUCUGGCAGUGGCUAUCAGAAAGGUAGCUCUGGUGGCGGAUGUCAGUCAAGUGGCUCUGGUGAUGGAUGUAAACUAGGUAGCUCAGGAGGGGGCUAUCAACAAGGCAGCUCUGGUGGUGACUGUAGUGGCGGAUAUCAGAAAGGAGGUUCUGGAGGUGGAUAUCCAAAAGGAAGCUCUGGAGGUGACUGUGGUGCCGGAUAUCAGCAAGGAGGUUCAGGAGGUGGAUAUCAACAAGGCAGCUCUGGAGGUGACUGUGGUGGCGGAUAUCAGCAAGGAGGUUCUGGAGGAGGAUAUCAACAAGGUAGCUCUGGAGGUGACUGUAGUGGUGGAUAUCAGAAAGAUGCCUCUGGAGGAGAUUGUGGUGGUGGAUAUGGCAAGCAGAACAUGACCUUGUGUGGGGAUGACCAGCAGAAAGGUGGAUCCUGUACAUCUGGUGGCUCCGGACAACAAUGUCAAGAUCAAGGUUCAUGUGGCAGCGGUAGUAAAUCAGGCGGUAGUGCCGGCUGGGGCCAGGAUUCUUGUGAUGGUAACAAAUCAGAUGCCAGCCAGGGAAAAGGAACAGGAGCAUGCAAGAAGUGAACAGAAUACCGGAUCUUUAAAACAGCAGAAUUUAUAAUCUAAUCAAUACAUAGACACCUUACCCUGAUG